AUGGGCACUCUGGAGGCCACGUUCCAAGUGUUGCCGGUUACCUCAUCCAUCUUCGUGCGAUUCGCUCCCUGGCCCGAUUUUCAGCGCGUCUACGAGACCAAAACAACGGGCGAGGUGCAGAUCCUCCCUGUCGUUAUGCUUUUCACCAAUUGCGUCGUACUUGUGUGGUACGGCUACCUGUCUGAGAACAUUUUCCCUCUCUUCGUCACGGCAAUCAUGGGUGUUAUCACCUGCGGAGGAUUCAUCGCCAUCUUCUAUCGCUACACGGACAACAAGCGCUCUGUUCACAAAAUCUGCGCUACAGUUUUCAUCGUCAUCGUAUUGGUUUGUUUAUACUGCGCAAUUGGCGUUGCUGGUGCCACAAAGCAGUCAAAGUCCUAG